UGUGAAACAGCGUUCUGGCCAGUUUGAGUGUUAUUGCGAGUCACAAUGGAUGCCAUACCUUGUUGUUUAGUGUUACUCGGGCUAUUUUUUGCCACGAGAAUACAAGAAUCUCAUGGCCUACAGUGUUAUUGCCAGCGAUGUGUGAACAGCACGUGCCACACGGACGGCCUGUGCUUCGCCUCCGUCAGCCGUAGUAGCGGGCGCCUCGUGGCCACUGGCAGCCAGUGCCUGCGGGACUCGGAGCUCAUCCCGAGGGACAGGCCCUUCCUGUGUGCCCCGUCCACCAAGGAGGGCAGCAACAACGCCUUCCCUUACUGUUGCGGCGAAGACAUGUGCAAUAAAGAUCCCCAGCGCUUUGUGGAUAUCCCAGAGGCCACACCCCAUAGGCCAGCGCUGGGCCCCGUGGCCCUGGCGGCGGUGAUUGCGGGGCCGGUGUGCGUGCUGUGCUUUGUGCUGGUGCUGGUCUUCUACAUCUGCCACAGCCGCUCCGUCAUCCACCACCGCGUGCCCAGCGAGGAGGACCCCACCAUGGAGCACCCCUUCCUGGCCGACGGCACCACGCUCAAGGACCUCAUCUACGACAUGACCACCUCAGGCUCCGGCUCAGGACUGCCACUGCUGGUGCAGAGGACUAUCGCAAGAACCAUCAUCCUUCAGGAGAGUAUAGGGAAGGGCCGCUUCGGCGAGGUGUGGCGGGGCAGGUGGCGCGGUGAGGAGGUGGCCGUCAAGAUCUUCUCGUCGCGCGAGGAGCGCUCCUGGUUCCGCGAGGCCGAGAUCUACCAGACCGUCAUGCUGCGCCACGAGAACAUCCUGGGAUUCAUCGCUGCCGACAACAAAGAUAAUGGCACUUGGACCCAGCUGUGGCUAGUGUCGGAUUACCAUGAGCACGGAUCACUUUUCGACUACCUGAACCGAUACACAGUCACAGUGGAGGGCAUGAUCAAGCUGUCCCUCUCCACGGCCAGCGGCCUGGCUCAUCUCCACAUGGAGAUAGUGGGCACACAGGGCAAGCCUGCCAUUGCACACCGUGACCUCAAGUCCAAGAACAUCCUGGUGAAGAAGAAUGGCACGUGCUGCAUCGCCGAUCUGGGCCUGGCCGUUCGUCACGACUCGGCCACGGACACCAUCGACAUCGCACCCAACCACAGAGUGGGCACCAAGAGGUACAUGGCCCCAGAGGUGCUGGACGACACUAUCAACAUGAAACACUUUGAGUCUUUCAAGCGGGCGGACAUCUACGCCAUCGGCCUGGUGUUCUGGGAGAUUGCAAGGAGAUGUUCCAUAGGAGGUAUUCAUGAAGACUACCAGCUGCCCUACUACGACCUGGUGCAGUCGGACCCCUCAGUGGAGGAGAUGAAGAGGGUGGUGUGCGAUCAGAAGCUACGGGCCAACAUCCCCAACCGGUGGCAGAGCUGUGAGGCGCUGCGGGUGAUGGCGAAGAUCAUGAGGGAGUGCUGGUACGCCAACGCGGCCGCUCGCCUCACGGCCCUGCGCAUCAAGAAGUCCCUCUCGCAGCUCAGCCAACAGGAAGGCAUCAAGAUGUGAGGAGCAGGACAGGAGCCUCCAUAUCCAGCACACGACGGACGACAGCAACCCCAACACCACCUCUCCUCCUCCUCUUCCCCCCGGCCCCACAAACCCCAGCCCAGCCCAGCCCAGCCCUUCUGCUACCCAUGGCCCCAGUACCACCUCACCGUCAGUCUCUCUCUUUCUCAUUCUCGUUCCUCUCUCUUCUCCCAUCUCUGUCUCCGAGCAAUAUCUCAGCCUUCUGUGAUGAGAGAGAGAGAGAGAGAGAGAGAGAGAGAGAGAGAGAGAGUGAGUGAAUGAGAGAGAGAGAGAGAGUGAGUGAAUGAGAGAGAAAGGAUGGUUUUGUAUUUAUUUUUUCAUCAGGGUCCAGCGGCCAGCAUGGCUGGCCUUAGCUGAAGAGACGCAGCCGUAAAGGGAGAAGGGGGGGGGGGUCAAGCAGGGGACGCCCCUUCGCACCCUGACGAGGGGGUGUGGUACAUGUAGACACUGCUUUGUGGUCUCUGUAACGGGGACAGGGGAACUGCAGGCCACACACACACACACACACACACACACACACACACACACACACACACACUGGAGGAGCGGGGAGGAGGAGCCUGUGUCCUCAAUUCCCCUCAAAUCCCCCCCCAUCUCCCCUGGCAACCUUGUUCUCUCCCCUGAGCUGACAUCAUUCUCCAACCUGAAUGGCCUUUUCCUCCACCUCAGCAGCAGCGAGAGAGGGGGGUGGUUUUCUUUCAUCCCUACGAGCAGGACGGGGAACGUGCAUCACCUUGCUCUCCAUCCCAUCCUUUGCUUUUCAUCUCUGGAAGCCCGGGGCUAAACCAGCGACGUGCAAAGACGGGACCCAUUCCUCAGGCGAAGGGAGGGGACUCACUGGAGGAUGGAUAUGAAAGGCAAUCUGGUGUCUCUCCUCCUCAGUCACUGCGUCAGGUAGCAGCAGUCCCUGUGCACGGGCACAACCCUCACACUCACACUCACAUACACAGUCACACGAGCACACGCACGCACACACACACACACACAAGCACGCACAAACACACAGA